UUGUGUCAAACGCAGAAACAAUGAUUUCUACAGUGCGACGCGUCAUUAAUGCCGCUUCAAUACGAGCUUGAUGGAGUGCGGCUUUGUGGCGUUUGCGCGCAUGCAAAUUCCCCGCCGCGCGUCCUCCAAUCACAGCGUGGCGUCACUUAGAGUCUUCCAAUAGGGGAGUCGCGCUUGCAGGUGGCGGCGAGGUUAUCAGCUCGUCGUCGCCGCCGGAGCGCAUUGAACGGGGAACCGCGCCUCAGAUGCGGGAACACGCUGCACUCGAAGCGGCCGUCAGAUCUGCCGAACACCGCCGAUUGGAUUCCGCUCCGGAAACUCGAGCACUCGCGCGUGGGAAACAUUUGCAAAGUUUCGUCUCCAGUUGAAAGUUCUGUUGGAUGAGCUGUCAAACUUUAUUCGCUGUACUUUGUGUGUGUUGUGUUGUUGGUUUUUGUUUCUCCGCGGUUCGUCCUGUGGCUCCGGCGCACCAAUGUUAGCGGUGGGACAGAUGGAUAGUAACCGGCAGAGUGCGUUCGUCCUGGGCAGCACUCCACUGGCUGCGCUGCACAACAUGACCGAGAUGAAGACCUCUUUAUUCCCGUACGCCCUGCAGAGUCCCGCCGGCUUCAAGGCUCCUUCUCUCGGCAGCCUGAACUCUCAGAUCCCGCUGGGGACGCCUCAUGGAAUAAGCGAUAUUUUGGGCAGACCGAUCACCACCGCAGGACAGCUGCUCUCGGGUUUCCCAAGGAUCAACGGAUUGGCCACUUCAGCCGGGAUGUACUUCAACCCAGCGGCCGUUUCUCGGUACCCCAAACCCCUGACGGAGCUGCCCGGGCGGGCACCCAUAUUCUGGCCGGGAAUGAUGCAAGGCUCGCCGUGGAGAGACCCGCGGGUUCCCUGUGCGGCCCAAGCAAAUAUGAUGCUGGACAAAGAUGGCAAGAAGAAACAUUCCAGACCGACUUUUUCAGGACAGCAGAUUUUCGCACUGGAGAAAACCUUCGAGCAGACCAAAUAUCUGGCCGGUCCGGAGAGAGCCAGACUCGCAUAUUCUCUGGGAAUGACGGAGAGCCAAGUCAAGGUUUGGUUUCAGAACAGAAGAACCAAAUGGCGAAAGAGGCACGCGGCAGAAAUGGCCACGGCCAAGAAAAAGCACGACUCUGAGACGGAGAAGAUGAAGGAGAGCUCGGAUAAUGAGGAAGAUGAUGAAUAUAACAAACCCCUGGACCCGAACUCUGACGACGAGAAAAUCACAAGACUUUUGAAGAAGCACAAGACGAGUAACCUGUCGCUCCUCAGCCCGUGCAGCAACAGCUCGGACACUUUGUGAUCAAUCUGAGCUCAAAGACUCUUCAUGCACUGAACAAAAGCAUGAUGCGUUGGAUUUACUACAUGUUUUUAAAGGUAACUGGCUGCAAGCAAUUAAUAUGGGCUGAAGGUAAACAAAUAAAUUAAGUUGAGCAUGACUAAAUUUGAUUUGUGAGUUGAAAUUCAGCCCACACACUGUAGAAAAUGCUCCACAUAAAUUCCUACAUGUUAUCCCAACACAAAUCGAUUAACUUAAUUUGAGUGGAUUCAACAUAAAACAAUUAAGUUCUCCUAAAACAAAAGUAGAGUUGUGUCGCUUCAACUCAUAUUUUAAAUUAGUUUGAACAAGCAGAAGUCAUUCACUGAGUGCAUAUAAAUUGUUUGCAGCCAGUUAUCUUAAAAGUCUUUAGUAAAUCCAAUGGAUUAUUCCCUUUCAGUGCAUCUUCAUCAUCAUCUUCAUCAGUCUCAGAUUCUCCUGCAGAACUGGGGCAGAAUUAAGCAGGGUAUAAUAAACACACUGUUCACACUGCUUUUGCUUCGCUGCAGUUGUACAGUUAGAGUGGACGUGAGAUGUAUAUAUAUUUUUUACUGAGUAAAUUAUGUUAUUAAAGCAUCACGAAGACGUGCCAAUUCCCCCUCAUCAUCAUCUUCAUCAUCAUCACAGGUCAUUUAAGAUCAGUCGGUCACACUUUACAAUAAGGCUUUAUUAGUUAAUGUCAGCUAAUGCAUUUAUUAACAUGAACAAACAGCGAACAAUGCAUUAAUGACAGUAUUGAUCCAUGAGAAUACAGCGUGCAUUAACAAGCAUGCAUGUGGAUGUUAAUAAUGAAUUAGUAAAUGUUGAACUAUCAUGUGCAAGCACUGUUCAUUAUAAAUUCCUGCUAGUAAAUACAUUAACAAGGCAUUAACUAACGAAACCUGAUUGUAAAGCGUGACCGAAAUCGACCGCAGAAGAAUAACGACGCCUCUUUCGCCUAAAUGUACUUUUUUAUUAUUUUCAAAGCAGGUACACAAAGUGUAUGAAGUGCCAGUGUUGUAAAUGAUGUGAAUAGAGUCUGUUUUAAUAACAAUGUCCUUUUUUGGCCGCUUAUUCUUUCAAUGGAAGGAGUUUAUGUUUUACCUCACAACACGAGAAAUACUCAAAUAUGGACUGAAAUAUCGAUGAAGAGAAUAUUAUUGCUUCCGUGAUGAAGGAAGAAAAAACUUUGUAUUAUCAAUAAAUUAUUUAACAAGCCGAUGUUUUAAA